AUGACGGCGAUCCCGCGAUCCAUCUUCGCCUCCGCGCCAUCUUUAUAUUAUUUCUAAUUUAUUUUAUUUUUUUCUUCUUGUGGAUGUCAAAGGCGUUGGAUGAAGAUAUUUUUUGCCCCACCGGAGUCUCCUCUCUAACCCCGGCUCUCCCCGAUGUGAUCCGCGCUGAACGCCGCCGCCGCCAGCCACCAUGUCUCGCCGCAAGCAAGGCAAACCCCAGCACUUAAGCAAACGGGAUUUUUCGCCAGCCGAGCCCCUCUCCACGGUCGUCGUCUCGUCGGAGGAGCUGUCGGAGCGUUGCUCGGAGCACUCGGAGGAGAGCGGCAGCCUCAACGGGCACCACCCGGGCUCGACCGUGGGCCGGCUGGCCCGGCUGGGUCACGACGCUCACCCUUCUCUGGAGCAGGACCUGCUGACCUGCGGCCAGUGCCAGGCCACCUUCCCCCUGGCGGACAUCUUGCUCUUCAUUGAGCACAAGAGGAAGCGAUGCCACGGGCCACCCUGCCUGGCCGUGGGCAGAGGGCUGGACAAGCCCCCCUCGCCCUCCCCCGGCUUGGCCCUCACCCCUUCGCCCGCACUGGGCUCCCUGCGCAGCCGGAGGCCAGUGGAAGUGGGCGUCCAGGCCACACUGGCAGAUGAAGACGAUGACCGGUUCUCAUCGCCCCGGGGGAUUUGCCCUAAACAGGAGCCCCUCCCAGGUAAGGAGGAGCCCACCACCUACACCUGCACUACAUGCAAGCAGUCGUAUGGCAGCGCCUGGUUCUUGCUGCAGCAUGCUCAGAACACCCACGGCUUCCGUAUCUACCUGGAAAGUGAACAUGGCAGUCCUCUCACCCCACGCAUGGGUGGGCCUUCCUCCCUCGGUGGAGGAGCAGACUGCCCCUCUCAGCCUCCCCUUCAUGGCCUCCAUCUGCCUCCCGAUGCAAGCCCCUUCAACCUCCUCCGCAUCCCUGGCUCGGGCUCAGGUGGAAGGGACAGCGUCGGAGGAAGCGGUGUUGGCGCUGGUGGCAUUGUUAGUGGGGGCCAUCAUCAGCGUUUCCCUCCAACACCACCCCUCUUCAGCCCCCCUCCAAGGAACCACCUGGACCCCCACCACCUGAGCCCAGAGGAGCUGGCGCUGGCAGCCCACCACCCGAGUGCCUUUGACAGGGUGCUGCGCCUCAAUCCUCCUCUGCCUCUGGAUCCUCCUCCAACAAUGGACUUCUCAAGGCGGCUACGGGAACUGGCGGGCAACACCUCAGGGUCCACUCCCCCGCUAUCCCCCAGCCGGCCCAGCCCCAUGCAGCGCUUACUCCAGCCAUUCCAGACAGGAGGAGGAAGCGGAGGUGCAGGAGGUGCAGGGGGCAGCAAACCUCCAUAUCUUGCUACUCCACCACCUCUUCCAGGCUCCAUGCAGUCACCUGUGGGUUCUCAGACCACUCCUACUACCCCUCUACCUUCAGCAGGGGCAACACCCUCCUCUGCCACCCAGAUGAAAUCAAAGUGUUGUGAGUUUUGCGGCAAGGCCUUCAAGUUCCAGAGUAAUCUAAUAGUACAUCGGCGCAGCCACACAGGAGAGAAGCCGUACAAAUGUCACUUGUGUGAUCAUGCUUGUACACAGGCUAGCAAGUUGAAACGCCACAUGAAGACACACAUGCACAAAUCCUCCUCGCCAAAUACAGGCAAGUCAGAAGACGGUCUCUCAACAGCCUCAUCUCCAGAGCCUGGCACCAGCGAGCACAUGGGCAGUGCAAGCAAUGCCCUGAAGUCAGUGGUGGCCAAGCUGAAAAGUGAGAAUGACCGCAUGCUACGUGAAAAUGGGGAAGAGGAGGAGGAAGAAGAGGAGGAAGAAGAUGAGGAAGAGGAGGAGGAAGAAGAGGAAGAGGAGGAAGAAGAGGAGGGAGAGGAGGAGGAAGAACCGAAUGGAGAGAGGGCAGCCAGAAGAACCAACAACAGCUAUCACUUUAGCUUGAACCUGGAAGCAGCACGUCAGCAUGAAAACAACGGUGGUAUCGGAAGUCGACUGGGAGGAGUGGUUGAUGAGGGCCCCAUCCCUCGCUCACUGCCUGAGGUGAUGCAGGGGAUGGGCCUGGCUGCGAGCAUGCAGCACUUCAGCGAAGCCCUCAGUGCACACAAACGAAAUGCCAUGGCCCAGGAGAACCACCUGCACCACCAUCUCAACCGAGAUCAUCACCAUAAUCGUGAGCUGUGUGAUGGAGACUCGGUGCUGGAAACAGAUCGUGUGGAGGAAGGCUCUGUCUCAACAGUGAACGGGCGAGGAGCGUCCCCGAAUGAAUCUGCCUCUGUCGGCCUCUCCAAGAAACUGCUUCUGGGUAGCCCCAGUCCCCUCAGUCCUUUCUCCAAGCGUAUCAAACUGGAAAAGGAAUUUGACCUGCCCACUCCCACAAUCCCAAACACAGAGAACGUCUACUCCCAGUGGCUGGCUGGAUAUGCCGCCUCCCGGCAACUCAAGGACCCUUUUCUGAACUUUGGGGAUUCCAGACAAUCGCCCUUUGCAUCUUCAUCAGAGCAUUCUUCAGAGAAUGGCAGUCUGCGUUUCUCGACCCCUCCGGGGGAACUGGACGGCGGGAUGUCGGGUCGUAGUGGUACAGGCAGUGGUGGCAGCACACCACACCUGGGGGGUCCUGGGCGGCCCAGCUCCAAGGAUGGCCGUAGGAGUGAUACUUGUGAGUUUUGUGGCAAAGUGUUCAAGAACUGCAGUAACCUGACAGUGCACCGGCGCAGUCACACAGGGGAGAGACCUUACAAGUGUGAGCUGUGCAAUUAUGCGUGUGCCCAGAGUUCCAAACUUACUCGCCACAUGAAGACCCACGGUCAGGUGGGCAAAGACGUGUACAAGUGUGAAAUUUGUCAGAUGCCCUUCAGUGUCUACAGCACCUUGGAGAAACACAUGAAAAAAUGGCACAGUGACCGUCCUUUGAGUACCGAAAUAAAGUCAGAGUAGAAGGCCGAACAAUGGGACCUUUUCCCCGCAGCUAUGUCCGCCAUCAGUCCCCUGUUUAUUCCCAGCCCCUUGUAGAUUUGCCCCCCGUCCCAACACUCCACUUUCACCAGUCUGGUGGAAGCUUAAGACCAUGUGCUCUGCACCAGCACACCCCGUUUCCAUUACCCAUUGAAUGCAUGAUCUGUAUCGGGGCAAUACUCUUGCAUUGACGCAAAACUUCGAGCCUUUCUCUUGUGCAAUAAUUUACAUGUUGUGUACUAUUUUCUUUUUUGAGUUUUCCUUUUCCAUUUUUAAGAAUUAGUCAGCAUGCAUAGUAUGUUUUUGCUAAUCAAAAAAAGAAAAGAACUUGUCCCUGGUUGGUUAGUUGUUGAGUAAAUGUGUUGCUGUUUUUCUCUUGUUCAGUUUUUUCUUUUUAUUCUUCAAAAAGAGAAAAGACAAGAAAGAUACAUCCAUGCUGCAUACAUUCUGUAACACAUAUCAUGUACAGCUUUGUUUUGUAACAUGGAAAGUGAACAGUCUUUGACUUGACCCUCUUUUUACAACCCUGGAAAUGCACUUAUCCUGAUCUUUCUAAAAGAUGCCAUGUUCACACAGGGUUAAAAAAAAAAAAAAUCAUACAUUGGCUUAAUGACUAAACUAAAAGUGAUGACAGCCUUCAAAUUUCUUUCAAAAAGACAAGGGUGUGCUAACAAUUCAAUUUGUACUAUCAUUUGGUAGAAGACAAAAGAGUGCCUUUGAUAUCUCAAGACUGCAUUGGCCAUAUUCUUAUCUGGUAUAAGUUUGGGGUCACACUAGAUAAAGCUAGAAGGUUUAAGCCACCCAGUAAAGGUCCUUGCAUCAAGCACCUGACUGCUCAAAUGGACUGUGACAACUCAUGAUGAAAGAUCAGAGAGUUCUUGUUAAUCAUCAUUUAGCUACCUAUUACAUGUUCAAUAGGCUAUCUUCAAUAUGAGGAUUUCAUGGCAAGCAUGGUACAAGCAGUAUUGUGUAUAUCUGAAUUAUUUGUAGUUUUGUUUCUGGUAAGGAGGUACUUUUGAGAUAAAGGUAAUCUGUAAUGUACAAUCCUAAACUUGAGGGAUACGGCGCAUGGCUGAGAAGUGUCAUGUAUCUGCGUUAGCACAAACCUACAACGCUGCUUCACUAUGUCAGUGUGUGGAACAAUGCAUAAAGUAAUAUAUGAGCUCCAAGUAAGGCUAACUUUAUUUGAGAGCAUUGAAAUAACUACAAGCUAGACAGACAGAAAGCUACACAGAACUGGAAGCUACUAACAUAUUACGGGGAUCAGAGGCAAUGUCUUUCACUUUACAUUUCUAGUAUCAAAACAGGGUCAUUCACUAUGAAUUGCAGAAAAAAAAAAGAAAGAAUUGCAAAAAAUAUAUCUGUACUCUAGGGCUCUUGAAAAAGCAAAAUGCGAUAAUUUUAAUCAGUAUGCAUAGGCCAAUGCAGGGCACGUUUUUUUGUUUGCUGUUGCUUUUUAACCCAAAAGGAGAGUUUUUGUUCCUUGCGUUUCAUUCAAGCUGUUCAUAGUAUAGCACUUGUCACUCUGCCUGAGAAUACGUACCAACGUCUCCGUCGCAUUGUUCCACACUGAUGCAAUGUUGGUACAUGGGCUGAGUCUAAAAGCUAGAUUGUCAUUUAUAGGACAUGAAGUGCACUGUUUCAAUUUUCCCAGUUUACAAGUUUACGCUGAAGGGGAAACCUUCCUGAAAUGCUGUCAGAUGACGAGGGUCCCAUUCUUAAAAGCAGUAAAAGAUGAGACACAUAAUCUGUUGCCAGCAACUCAAGCCACAUGACCCUUGACCUCUGUACCCUUGCCAUUUCACCUUUGACCAUUUGUCAAUUUGUUACCCCUAGAAACCCCAGCACUUAGCCUGGGAGGAAAAUUCACCCUUGUCAGCAAGGUCUGUAAAUUAAAAGGUUUGUUGUGAGUUACGUAAGUAACCGAAGCUCCUACACGGUCGCAAAAUGGAUGCAGUUCUCAUUCCUAGUCGGCCACAAUGACAUCCUCAUACUGUACGGAGCCGUGUAUUAUCAUUACCAUCGACACAUAAACAAUCUACAGACCUUGCUGGCUCAACAACAGACACUCAAAUCUUGUUGCUCACACUGCGAGAAUCUGUUUUGUAUAAAUCUUCCUUUAAUUAUAGAUAUGAAAAUAAACGUUUUUUGCAAAUAACACUUCACUAUCUUUUAGGGGAAACUGUAUUUAAGUUUUGUUGUCGUUUCUCUUUUCCUCAGCGUCUUGGUGGUGUUCAAGACUCCGAUCACAGUAUAUAUGAAAUGAUUAAAAAAAAAAAAAGAUGAAAAACAAACAAAAAAAAAAACUCUGU